ACUUGCAUUCUCGGUGCUUUGAUAUCCCUCAGAACUGGUUCGACAAUCUUUUAUACUACAACAUUUGUCUUAGGAGCCUUGAAAACUCCUAACAUCAGCAAGCUCGGACAAUUUUCCUCUGAAAUUGUCGAUGUUCUCUGUCUCCUUCAUCUUCAGUCUGUCGAAUUUGUUCGUUAAUGUCUGUAAUCUGGCUUCUCUUACUAGCUCAGCUCCCAUGUAUCUGGCUUUGAUGGCAUACCAUACCUGCUUGGCUUGGUUAAGCUCCCCUACUUGCAAUAUAAGGGAUUCAGGUAUUGACUGAAACAAUAAAGCAAGCACUAGAUCGUUUUUGUCAACACUCGUUCAUCUUCUAUUUCCUCCCAAGCCUUAUGCACCCUUAGCGUUACUUUCAUCCUUAAUGUACACACCGUAAAAUUUGUUGAGGUGAGCAUUGGACACUUGAUUGAAGAACAACCCCCUCAUUCCUUUAGCUUACCGAUCGCUGGAAUUAUAUCACUCAUGUUCUCAACCUGGCUCUGAUACCAAAUCUAGAAAACAGGUCUCAAACGUAUAAAAGUAUAAACUCGCAAAGUAAAGAACUCUUCUUAUUAAUAUCUUGUGGAAACUCUCUCAAAACCACAAGUUCUCAAAACUCAUAAACUCAAACUUUUGGAUCACCUCAUGAUCUCUCUUUAUAUAUCUCUAUAUUUGUCCUAAUCCUAUUAGUAAACAUAUAUUUAGAUAACUUCUAAACUAAGAUAACCCUUAUCUUCGUAUUCUCCAACUUCUCUUAGGAUUAGGAUAACUUCUUUCUCGUGCUUUCAUCAAACUUACUCCAACAUCAUCUGGAUGCAUAGACGACAUACAUAAACGAACAACACCAAGAUGGAGCAUCUAGAUAAGACAUCUAGAUGGAACAUGUGGAUACAUCAUUCAGAUGUACAAACGAAGAGGACCUUAUUAGUGCUCAUUUACUAAGCAGCGCUAUGUGACUUAAACGAAAGAUUUGUUGCACGCACAUCUUACAUGAGGUGAUAAAAGCGAUAUCAGGGAAGGGAGAGCCAUUGAAGAACUUCGUCUACUUUGAUGCAAAGGUUCGGAAAGGCGUAAUCUAGCUAACUAACACGGUUCAUCUUCUAAUCUUUGUAGACUACAGUAAUCAUUUCCUUUUUUAUUGUUCGAAUUCCUGUCAAGCCUUUAAGGUGUUGAUUCUGGAUUUUUUCCUGUUAUUAGUUUUCUUGUUUCUUGGUUUAGAAGUUUUCCUUUGGUCACUGGCAUCUCUGUAAUUAACAGCAACUUUGAAAGCUUCGGAAACCUUCUAGAACUGUCAAGCGAAACCUUAACCUGGCUGUUUGUUCUGUAUUACUUAUUCUUCUUUGGGCUCACACCUUGUUUGUACCAAAAAAAAUGGAGUUGGAAUUGUAAACCGGAUUUUUCACAAAACCGAGUUGAGUUUUUAUCGGUUACUACAAUAUGUUAGAGUGAGGACAAAUGUUGAGCUACGUAAAAGAUGCCAAACUACGAUUUGGAGAUUCUUUUUCGUUUUCUCCCCUUAAAUCUUUAAUAAUGAUUCCAAGAGAGUGACAUACUCGAGAAGUGUAUAAAAGUAUAACUGCUCUCUCUUGAACGAGAACAAACACAAGGUCAAGCAAGGAUAUGGCUUUGAUCAACAAGAUCCUUAACAUCUUUCUUCCCAUUGUCACGUUUUCGCUUCUUGUAGUGUUCAUGCCAAUUUCAAUAUUAUUCAGUCUCUUUGGCUUCAUAAGGAAUAGCAAAGAGUCCGACAAAGUCAAUGGAAAAGUCGUCAUCAUCACCGGAUCUUCCUCAGGAAUUGGUGAGGUUAGUGAGUUCUUACCCGUGUUUUCAAAGUCAAUGAUCAAAAGCUUUGGCCAAUGGUUAAAGAAAAUAAACAUUUAUAAAUUUUAUAAUUUUAUAAUUGUAAAGCACCUUGCAUAUGAGUACGCGCGUAGAGGAGCAUACUUGACGUUAGUAGCUCGGAGAGAGGAUCGUCUCCAACUUGUGGCUAAUCGGUGUCAGAGGCUUGGAUCACCCGACGUUGCCGUAGUACGUGGUGAUGUCUCAGUCAUUGAAGACUGUAAACGUUUUAUCGAAGAAACCAUCUCUCGUUUUGGAAGACUGGAUCACCUGGUGAACAAUGCGGGAAUUGCGGAGGCCAAGUUUUUCGAAGACUAUUUACAAAUCUCUGAUGUUCUUCCCAUAAUGAAUACUAACUUUUGGGGACCAGUUUACACGACACAUUUCGCUAUACCACAUUUAAAGAAAAGCAAAGGAAAGAUAGUGGCGGUCGCGUCGCCUGCUGGAUGGUCUGGAGUGCCAAGAAUGAGUAUCUAUGCUGCAAGCAAAGCAGCUAUGAUAAACUUCUACGAGACUCUUAGAAUCGAGCUUGGUCCGGAAAUUGGUGUGACAAUCGUGUUUCCAGGUCUAGUUGAAAACGGAAAUACCAAUCCGGAUCUUUUAGCUGAGAAACAAGACUGGUCGCAAGUUGUUGCUAUCGAGUCAGCAACUGAAUGUGCCAAGGCGGUUGUCAAUGGAAUCUGCAGGGGGAAGACCUUUCUGGCAGAGCCGUCGUGGGUCCGCGUUCUCUUCUGGCUUAGUAUUCUCUGCCCUGAGCUGUUAAUCUCUAAGCCUAAAAGAAACUGACCACUUGUUUUGUAAAACAGUUAAAAGAUAUUGGUCUAAUUAAAAUUUACUUGGCAUUCUGUUUUUUCGGUUCAGUUUAAUGAUCAUUUACUUUUAUUAAUUGAGAAACAUUUGGAAAGAAUAACCUUUGUUUUGUACUUUAUUUACAAUACUGUCAUUUUACUUUGGUGUCAAGCUCACAAUCCUUUUCAG